GAAUCCAAACGCGAUGGACAACAGACCUAUUUUUCUUGGGCUGCUGCUAUCAUUUUUUUUCUAAGCCUAAAUGAUGCUGUUCAAUUUAAAUUCACAAAUUUCGUCUGCGAUGUCGUCAACAAAUCGUGGGUGAAAUUAAACCAAUGCCGACUGCGCGCCGUUAACCGCAAUGAAACGCAUUUAAAUUUUAAUCUGACAUUGCUACAUCCUGUUAAGAAAGAGGUUUUGGUUGAGAUUCAGUUAUUUAAGCGUGAAAAUGGCUACAAGCCAUGGCUUUAUAAGGCAUCCAUCGAUGGCUGUCGAUUUGUAAAGAAACCCUAUAAUCCCGUUGCUAUAAUUGUCUAUAAGUUAUUCAAAACAUACUCAAACUUAAACCACACUUGUCCGUUCGAGGGUUUCAUUUUACUAAAAAAGUUUAAUCUGAAAUUUGAGUACCUUCCAAAUGCUUUACCAACAGGCGAAUAUCUACUAAAAUUGGAUUGGAUUUUUAGUAAGAAAUUGCAAUUGAGAACAAAUGCUUACUUUAGCUUCAUAGAGGACUAGCUAACUGAAUGCAAAUUAAGUGUAAAUGUCAACUAUAUUAUAUUGGCACUGGUGUUGUUUUACAAAAAUAUCAUUCCUUAUUCCAAAUAAAU